UUCCGUAUUGUCUCGACUCUUGAUCUUCCACCACCUCGCCCUUGUAGCCGGGGCACGCAGCCUCUCCACCGAGGUGUACGAUGAGCAGGAGGGAAUCUAGGGUGUCCACGGGAGUGCGUCAGAACGACGCACUGGUCGAAUUCGAGAACUUCAAGAAGAAGUUCCUCCUCGCAAACAAGCAUAUCACCAAAUUAAAUUCCACGCUAUCUAUGAAGAUCGAAGAGCUGAACACGGAAAUAACCACACUCUACACAGAGAAUCUACGGCUACGUACAUCCGAGAUCGCACUAGCAGCCCAGGUCAAACGCGAGCGCGAAACAUCACGGAAGAUUUUGCUGGAGGCUGAAACUGCAACCCAAGCACUUAUGCGCCAUCUCUCCAAUCUGCGCGAAACGUAUAACGUGCCCCUGCUUCCCACACCGUCACCAACUCCACCCCGGCGGGCGAAUGUCUCCCCUCGCACGAGCAUCUAUGCGAACAACCUGAAUCGCCUUUCGAGAGAGCCUCAGGUACCACUCAUCACCGAGGACGAAGAGCCUGAGGAAAUAUCGCCGUCUCCACCGCGGAAAACGAAGAAGAAGCGCCUGAGCGCGUCUCGGCUUCCACUUCCUGCUCGGGAAAGCACACCACCCCCUGCCGAUAUGAUCUCUGCGCCCGCCGCACCUAUGAUCACCGCGCCUAGCAGCAUAGUCCUGCCCUCAUUACCCAUACAUCUCGAUCUCACCGCUUUUGCGCUCCCCUCGAAGAAGCGUCGGCAGAGCGGCCUGCUCCUCGAUUUCAAUGCGGUUCCCAGCCAGGUACCCGACCCAUCGCCAAAUGAGCCUGCGGCUGGUCGAGAACGGUAUCUAGAGCAGGAGAACGAGCGGGCGAAAGAGAAGGAGCGGAAACGACGUAGCCGGGAAGAGGGAGCAGGAACCUCGAGCAAGCCAAAGGCGAGGCUAAAAGACGUCACCAACUCCAAUUCGCCCAGGGCGCGACCCAAGCCUGAGCUAGCUGCCGAGUCUGCAGGCACAGAAGGCCGACCGUUCUUGGCACCAUCUCCUCCAAGUCCUGGACCACCUGAGCCUAAAUUACUUCCCGUUCCCGUGAUGGAGGCCGGGCCGUCGUCUGCUCGUGCCGCCCCGGCUGCGGAGAUCGAGAUGACCGAGGCUGAAGCAGAGGCUGACAACGGAGGGAGAGAGCGUCGGGCGCGCAAGAGCGUGAACUACGCUGAGCCGAAGCUGAACACCAAGAUGCGCAAACCACAAACGAUGGAAGACACGCCGGUGCCCGCCAAACGGGCUCGGUCCUCGACUGCCGGGACGUCGCGUGGCCAGACCCGACGAUUGUCGCCGCCCAUCCCUGGUGCACGUGCUUUGGCUGUCGCUGGCGAUGACGAGGACCCCGGCGACGAUGUCGACGAGGAGAGUGAUGGAUGGGCUGAUGGCGAGUUUGCGCCCAGCUGGGCUGGCAAUGUAAACGUGGAAACCCGGCGGCGGAGUAAUCCACGGCGGACGAAGGAAGGAGAGUGGGCAAGAGAAGGCAGGCGGCACAGUUCAGCUGCCUGAGACUGCGUAUGUGACGAAGAAGUAUGAACCCCCACCAUGACCAUAGGAUCUAUGCACUUUCUGUACGGUUAUUUUGUAACGGCCCGCUCAAGGGCCGCUAAUGUUGCGUUUCUUGUAACAGAGCGCCUCCACCCCGUUUUACUGAAUCGUCAACUGGAACAUGGAUUGAGGGCAAAGAAUUAAAGCGUGGCAGGGUUUAA